AACAGGUUCGCAUUGAUGACGCACGUAAAACUGCCAGUUAUAUCAAGUUUUUUGGCCCAGUAACAUUGAAUCUUUGAUUCAUUAAAUUGAAUUAGAUACAGUUUAGUAGGUUAAAGAGUUUCAUUUUAAAACUGUCGUGUAUUUACUACCUUUGCUAUGCUAAUCUCGAUUUUCAUUCUUUGUGUGAUUAUUAUUAUCACUUCGGUUCUUUGGAAGAAGCGAUGGUUGUUAUAUCACGCUUGGAAAAUACCUGGACCCGUCUCAGUGCCCCUCGUUGGAAGUGCGUUCCUGUUAUCAGCAACAAAAGACAAUUUUUUCGACCUGCUUUGUGGAAAGCUGGACUCCUGGAGACCAGUUACCAAAUUCUGGGUAGGCCCCCAGUUGUACAUAGCGACCGGACGACCAACAGAUGUAGAAAAAAUAUUGACAAACUGUCUAAACAAGUCACCUUUCUACGAGAAUUUUAACGACAUAGUGAAAGACACCCUGCUAACUUCAAAAGUUAGUAUCUGGAAAGAACAUCGAAAAAUGAUCAAUCCCUCUUUUAAUUCGAAGAUCUUGAAUUCGUAUCACGAUGUCCUUGUCAAUUAUUCGAGAGAAAUGGUGAAGUAUUUAGGUGACACAGAAGGCGUCGAACAAACGGAUUUCCUUCGAGCCAUCUGGGAAAGGACACUUGAUGUAGCUUUAGCCACUUUAACCAACGUAAAACCGCAUGUAUUAAAGGAACGACAACGUAUGAUUACAGUCACCGUGAAAUUCGAAGAAAUACUUAUACAGAGAUUUCAUACGUUUUCGUUUCUCAUAGAUUUUUUUUGGAAAUUAUCCGACUUGCACAAGGAGCAUGAAGUGAAUUGUCAAACUGCUCAUGACAUUGGCAAAAACAUAAUAGCAGAAGAAUACAAAUCAUACGAAUCCGAAGACAGAAAUGAUGACGCUUCUGAAAGUAACCGAUUUCUACCAAAUUUGACUAAACUGAAUCGAACCAAGCAGAUCACCCGUGAAGAAAUUAUAGAUGAAACGUGUUUGAUGCUUAUGGCGGCAAGCGAAACGGCAGCAAUUACAAUCAACACGGUUUUAACGAUUCUAGGAAUCUACUCAGACAUUCAGGAAAGAGUUUAUCAGGAACUGGUCUCAGUUCUGCCAAACAUGGAGAACAGUCCAACUCAGGAAGAACUCAAUCGUCUGAAUUAUUUAGAACGCGUUGUUAAAGAAACUUUGAGACUAGUUCCCACAAUUCCUUUCAUUUUGCGAUAUGCUGAGGAAGACAUUAAAUGCGAUCCUUAUCUUUUCCCUGCCGGCUCUAACCUUCUCGUUCCUCUGGUGCUACUACACAGAGAUCCGGAUGUGUGGCCUGAACCGGAAAAAUUUGAUCCAGAUCGGUUUCUCCCUGAUGAAGUUGCAAAAAGACAUCGUUGUUCGUACAUUCCCUUCAGUUUUGGUGCCAGGAACUGUAUAGGUCUGAGGUUUGGAAUGACGGUGGUAAAAGUAAUGGUCGCGACGAUUCUGAGGGACUUCAAAGUACAAACUGUUGGUAUGAAAUCAUGGAAGGACAUCCAGUGGGACUAUAUUGUUAUGCUGAAGGCUAAAAAUAGUCGUUUACGGUUCGAAAAAAGAAAAUUUUAAUAACAUGCACUCUCUAGUUAUAUAAAAGGAUUAUGUUUCA